CAAGCUGCCUAUGCCCUACCACACACCGGGUCCAUGUGAUGCGACGUGGGGGAGGCGCGAGGAAGACGCGGCCGAGCCUUCCAUUUUUCAACUCCUAGUCCUAUACAUACAGCGGCGCCCCGGGGCUCGGAUCGGAUCUACAGCGAUUAGUCUCGACCUUCAGUCGUGCUGCCUGCUCAUCAGCAUAUAAUUCCUGAUCGAGCGAGCAGGAGAGGAAGGCGAGAUCAGGCCGGGAGAGAAGAUGGCGCAGGGGACGCUGGAGGUGCUGCUCGUCGGAGCCAAGGCCCUCGAGAACACCGACUACCUCUGCAACAUGGACCCGUACGCGGUUCUAAAAUGCACCUCGCAGGAGCAGAAGAGCACCGUCGCCUCAGGAAAGGGAAGUGAUCCUGAGUGGAACGAAACCUUUGUGUUCACCGUCUCUGAGAAUGCAACCGAGCUCGUCAUCAAGCUUCUGGACAGUGAUGGUGGCACGGACGACGACAGCGUUGGUGAAGCAACGAUCCCAUUGGAUGGAGUGUACACUGAAGGAAGCAUCCCACCAACUGUUUACAAUGUUGUCAAAGACGAAGAGUACCGUGGAGAAAUCAAAAUCGGUCUGACGUUCACUCCGGAGGAGGCUCGUGAUCAGGAUCAACCCGAGGAAAACUACGGUGGGUGGAACCAAUCAUCUUAAGAAGAAGCAGGUGCUUUGCUGAACUAUGGUGCGUGACAAGUCGUGUGCUAGAACUAAAGCUUAUUUUAAUUGUUAAAGACUGUAUUUGUCGUUGAUUCCGUCAAUUAUGUAUAAGCUACAAAUCUCCUUAUUGAUUGGUAUCAUUUUCUAAUCUUCAAAUUUGUAAUAAUAGUGUUCCCCACUUGUAUGAAGUAUGAGCCCUUUUUAAUGUCACUAAACUGAGUUGCAAUA